CCAGUGUUCUAUAUAAUAUUCUUGCUCAGACGUCAAAGAAACGUCAAAAUAAUAUUUACAGACAAAAGCCCAUUGCGAAACGAAACGAGCGCUUUGUUUAAAAAAUAAUUUAGUUAUAAUUAAUAAUCGUUAAUUAUAAAACUAACAUUAUUCAAAUUAAUUACUCAUUUAACAGUUAUUCAACAAAUUAAAUAAGUCGUGAAUCACGUUAUCAUUUGGGAAUUUCCGAAGUUUCCUUCGUCAGAUUUAGUGAGAGAUAAAAAAAAAAUUGCGCUGUGUGAUUCUUGCAUUGAUUUGUUGUACGAAUUUGUGCAUAAAAAUGAGCAGAUGUGAUUUUAAAGUGGUUUUAUUAGGUAGUGAACAUGUGGGAAAAACUAGUUUAGUGUUGCGUUUCGUCAGUUGCAGAUUCAAUGCCGAUAUUCCUUAUCAAAAUACGGUAGGAGCAGCUUUCUGCGCUAAAACGAUGCAGUCGAAUGGAAAAGACUUCAAUGUUGGGAUUUGGGACACGGCGGGAAGCGAAAGAUACGAAGCAAUGACAAAAAUAUACUACAGGGGCGCUCACGCUGCAAUCAUAUGCUAUGAGCCAUCAUCAGCAGCUUCCUGGACGCGACUGAGGCACUGGCUUCAAGAACUACGAGGAAUUGAGGAGAACUGCAAAGUUUACCUAUGUGGGACUAAGAAGGACCUCCUAGACGGCGGGUACGUCACGAGGGAAGUUCCAGAGGACACGGUGGCGGCUUACUCUCAAGGCCUCUGUGGCCAUUUCUUUACUUCUAGCAAGACUGGCGAGAAUGUUGACGAAUUGUUUCAAAAGAUCGUUGACGACUGCGCCGCUGAUGUCCAGCUAAUGAAGAACGUCGAAGAUAUGAGACUACAGCUACAAAAAGACGAGGCUGCUUACAAAGCGAAAAGCAAAGACUAUUGUUAUUGUUGAAAAUACCAAAGACUGAGUAGACCGUGGUAUAGACGUCUCAAAAAUAUUGAUUUAUAAUCCAAAUAUUGUAUCGUCACAAAAUGUAAGCACAGUAGACGAAAAGACCAGUAGACGAAAAUACCAGUGCACCUAAAAGACCAGCCAUUUAAUUUGAAAUGGUGUUUUUGGUUAAUCAGUAAAGUAUUCCAAAAGACUAUAUUUUUAUAUGCCUCAAAAGACCAAUAGACCGAAAAGACUACCGUUUAUUUUUGUUUGUAUAUGUUAAAUGAAUGAAAUUUCAUGAUACGGUGUUAAGAAAGACCUUUAUAUUAGGAUGCCAGCCUAAAUUUUAUUUUAAUAUGAUCAUCAUUUAGCUAAUUUUUUAGAUUGAGUAAAAGACUAAAAUGCUAGCUUCCAAAUUUGAGUAUAAUUAGAUGUUGUUUAAGCGAAAAUAUACACUAUUUUUAGUAGCGUAAAGAGCAAUAUAGGAAACAUUGUAGAUAGCUAGACUUUUUAUUUAAAA